AUGGCCAAGGAGCAGCAAUGUUUGCCGGGCGAUGCACUUACAUGUGAAGCCCUGCAGCGGGAGCUGCAAAGGUUUGCAGAGAAGCUGCCAGAUUUGUUCCAGACUUUCGCGGAGGAGACCGCCAAGAUCUCCUGUGAGCAGCUAGAGGAGCUGCUGAGCCAGCGUGGCAGUGGUAGAGCUCCGGCUUUUUCCACUCGGGCACAGACGGUGGUCGAUGAGACAGAGGGUGUACAUACCGAUCACGAGUGGGCUCACCGGCACGUGCGGCCGGCUGCACUUCGAGAAUCUCCCAAACCGAACCAGCACAUCAGCGUCAAAGAGAUUUGGAAGGCGGUUGUUGACAUAAGGCGGCCGACGCUCAAGGCAGAGCACGAGGCACCUGCAUUGCAGAUCGUUCCUCAACGUUCACUGCCAGCGCCGAAAACAACAGGACCAAGAGUCUCGAUAGCAUCGGAACGCUCGCUUCCGCCUCCAGAGCCUCUGCCACUCCCGGGCUCUGUGCCGGGCUCCGUGCAGGAGGCGGGCCAGGCGGGGGAGGUGGUGCCACCGGGCGAUGAUGGCCCGCCGGCCCUCCAGCCGAACCGGCCAAGUUCUCAGAGCAUUGCGCAGCCCCCGGUGCCGGAGGAGCCUGACAAAGAGACAGAAGGCCACUCAGAAUGGGAAGAGCCCGGCAAUGCUCCUGCUGACGGUCCUGACGCUCCGAACACCUGGGAUCCGCUCAGGCAGCGGCUAGCACGAAUAAACACCAGCAAAGUUGAUAAGCCGGAAGUUUCUCGCAUGCCUACUUCUUGGUGGCACAUCUACGAGAUGCUGGUGUACGCCUGGCCGAUGGAGUACUUGACACUCAUGGUCAUCGUCAUCAACGCCUUCUGCCUAGGGCUGGAAACAAAUAUAAUGGCGACCAACUUGCUGUCCACGACACCGGAGGAGUUCAUCCGGCUCGGCUGGGCAUUUUGUGGUUUCUUCACCCUUGAGAUGGUUCUGAAGAUCUCGGCAAACCCCUCUCGGUUUUUCCUGGGCGCGGCCUGGACUAUGAAUCUGCUUGACUUCUUUCUGAUGGCACUGCAGUGGCUCGAUGUCCUUGUAACCGUCCACACGGCAGACAAGGAGAAUUCUGAUGCUGGCUCCGUGAACUUCAACAUUAUGCGGUCUAUUCGAAUGGUGAGACUUGUGCGCAUCGUGCGGAGCUAUCGGGUGCUGAGGAUGCUGGGGGAAGUUCGAGCCAUCAUCUGGUCGGUGGGCACCUGCUUGAAGCCUCUGCUGGGAGCACUGUUGGUUCUGAUGACACUGAUCUAUUUGCUUGCAGUUUUCUUGGUUGACACUUGCAACUCCUAUCGGGUGGCAGCAGACAUUGCAGACGAGGGCUUUGAGCAGCUGGGGACCUACUACGGAUCACUUGAGCGAGGCAUGCUUACACUGUGGCAGAUCAUUACCGGCGGGAUGGAUUGGGCGGUUGCUGUGAACCCCUUGAUGGAUCACACCGGGCCGGUGCCGGUGUUCGUUGUCUUUUGCUACAUUGCUUUCGCAUUGCUAGCGCUCCUCAAUGUCAUCACAGGGGUCUGCGUCGAGAGUGCGGUAAAGAGGGUAAAGGAGGACAAGGACAAUUACUUGGUGCAGUACGUGCGUGGAGUCUUCAAGCGAAUGGAAACUUCUGGUACUGGUGUCAUCACUUGGGAUGAUUUCCAGUCAAGUGUAAACUCCAAGGACAUGAAGGAGCUUUUCAAGGCUAUUGACCUGGACAUAUCCGAGGCUCACUGUGUAUUCAAGAUAUUGGACUUAGACGAUGAUGGCACGCUCGACGCGGAUGAGUUUCUCAGCGGGUGCUUGCGCCUCAGAGGCGCAGCAAAGGCCCUGGAUGUCUUGGUCUUAAUGCGAGAGAUCCGGUCGAUGCAGCAGCAGCUCGUGCAACAGCUUCAGUCAGCGCCAAGCUAG